AUGGCGGACUAUGCUGCACUCAAGACGCCGGUCGUCGCGGACACGGGCAGUCCACGGUCCCCGUCGUCGAUGCAUGACCAGGCCACAAACACGCCUCCUUCUCGGUCCCUGAGCGUGCACGUCGUUCGCUUCUUGAUCGUGCUGAGCAUUGCUGCCUUUGUGUUUGGGAACAUUGCCACGUGGGCGCCGCUGUACGAGCUCCAGCUGGUCAACACGAUGAAAGACUGGUGGAACGGGUACCCCGACAUGCCCGACAUGAGCAGCCACAGCCACGCGAUUCUGGACACGGGCAUUGGACGGAACCUCACCGAGACGGGCCACACGGAGAUGAUCCGCCCGACGUUCCUCCUGCUCUUCUGCAUUGGUCCGUUCCUUGCCAGUGUCCUUCUGAUCGAGUUGCUGCGCCACCUCAAUACGGCUCGACGCCUCACGUCGACGCUCAUCUGGCGCGUGGCAAUGCUCUUGCGCCGCAAACCACAGCUCCCAAUGCUCGGCGUCUCUCGGUUCUCCCUGGGCGAGUGGAUCGUUGGCGUCGUCUACGUGCUCGGCGGCAACGGUCUCUGCUGGUACUUCCAGUGGGACCGCCGCAUUGACAUGGCCACCGAAGCCGGCACGUUGGACACGACCAAGUACUGGAACAUCGUCGGCAUCAGCUCGUCGUACCUGUGCAUCUACAACAUGUCGUUCCUGCUGCUACCCGUCACGCGGAACUGCGGCUGGAUGGAGUUCUGCAACGUCUCGUACACGAACGGCGUCAAGUUCCACCGCUGGACCGGGUUCAUGACGGUUCUCACGGCGGUCGUGCACAUGGCAGGCUACUGGGGCAGCUGGGUCCGAAAGGGCCAGUGGCAGGUCAACCAACUGCCGUGCACGCGCUGCGACUUCACGCUCGACAACUCUGGCGGGGGCUACUACGCCUGGUUCAACGUCUUUGGCUUCGUGUCGACGCUCGCGCUCGUGCUCAUGAUCCCGACGUCGUUCCCCAUCAUCCGCCGCAAAGCGUACGAGUGGUUCUACAUCUCGCACUGGGUGCUCUUCGUCGUCGCCGUGUUCUUCGCUAUCCUGCAUUGGGCUCAGAUCCUCUGGUGGAUCCUGCCGUCCGGGUGCGUGUGGUUCGUGAGCCGAACGGUGUCCAGCUCGAACGCCCUGACGCCCGUCACCGUCGCCGAGUUCGCAGUCCUUGGCGAGGCCGACGACGAGCUGGUCAAGAUCGUGCUGAAGCGUGCUGCCCCCGGGACGUCCCCGUGCUCGCCGUCGUACGACUACAAAGUCGGCAACUUUGUCUACUUGAACGUCCCGCCGAUCUCCAAGCUCCAGUGGCACGCGUUCACGAUCGCGUCGUCGCCCAAGACGAGCGUCACGGACGUCGUGUUGCUGGUCAAGCCGCUGGGCGACUGGUCACAGGACCUGGUGCAGUACGCGGCCGAGUGCCACCGCGACCACACCUCACCGCUCGUGUACAUGGACGGCUUCUACGGCGCGUCGCUCGAGCUGUACGAAGACUACUCCGCCGUGUGCUUAGUGGCCGGCGGCAUCGGGGUCACGCCCGUGUUGGCCGUGCUGGACGACCUCGUCGCGAAGCUGUCGCGCAACGGCGUCGCGUGGACUCAGCGCUUUACGUUCAUCUUCACGUUCCGCGAGCUGAGUGUGCUCCAGACGGUCGCGCCCGUGCUCGCCAAGCUGCGGCAGCUCGACCCGCACGAGCAGUUCUUCCGGUCGCACUUGUUCGCCACGGGCACCUACUCGGAUGUGAGCCUCACUCGGCACCUAGAGGUCCUGCCCCGGGACGAAUCGCUGGAUGCAGCGGCAGCAAAGACUAUGGGCCGAGCUGCGCGUCCGUUCUACGAGCCUUUGCGCUCGAGCAACGGGCUGCGCUUUGUCCUGUUCCUCGUGCUGUACGUCGUGGCCAUUGCGGUCGUGUUCACCGUGCGAUGGGGCAAUGGGAUCAUCCAGGGAGACGACCGCUUUGAGCUGUGGCCGCUCGAGCGCGCGUUUCAGCUGCUGAUGUUCUGCCUCACGAUCGUCGUCGUCUACGCCUUCGUAGGCUACGAGUACAAGAAGUUCGGCGGCGGCUGCAGCCGUAUGAACGCCGUGACCGGGUCAGCCGUCGUGCCGAUGACGUCCGCAAGGUAUCCGCUAGCGGUCGACGCGUUCGGAGGCGACGUCCACUCGGUCCGUGACCUCCUCGGCCACUUGAACGUCACAAUGGGCGAGCGGCCGCAGCUGCAGUCACUCUUGCAGCAGACCCUCGCGAUCCACUCGAUGGACGACAGCUCAGCGAGUGUACUGCCUGUCGUCGGUGUCAUUGUAUCCGGUCCCGAGUCGCUGAAGGUCGCCACGAACGACGCCGUUGUCGCUCUCGGACGCCGCCACUUCGACGUGCACGAAGAAGAGUUUGAGCUCUGA